AUAAUUUCAGAUGAAAAAUAAUGAAUAUGUUUGUUCUCUUACUUCUUGUAUUCUUGAAAACAUCUUCUUGUUUACAGGUUGAUAUGUGCCCUCUACGCGGAGAGUUUUCUGUCGAAACAUUUCGAAUCAGCGAAGAAUUUUGGCGACCCGGUGUCGAGAAGUCACGUGACGUGCUCGACCAAAUUCUGAGAAAAAUUGCGGAUUUUGAGAGCAAUAAGAAAGUUCAUAAUUACUUUAAACCUCAGGAAUCUACUUAUUACAAAAUUAGUACAGUCAUAAAUGGAGUAAUGGAGGAAAGAGUUUACAGUUUGGACAAGGCUCUACCAGGCUGUACUGACCCUAACCCUGACGAGCCUGGGUGCUUCACGCCACCCGAGGGUUGUCUCACAGAAGAGACGCAGCUACCUGCCUCUAUAUUAAAGAAUCUUGAAGUAGAUUAUUCAUGUUCCCAAGCUGAACAAAUCUACGGGAUCGCAGUUCAGAAAAUGCACGAAAAAGACAUCUGCAGGGAUGAGCCAGACCUCAAAAAAGUUGGUGUUAUCUGGGAUGUUUGUCUGUUACAUUUUUAUCCCUGGGUAAAUCAGCAAAGUUGGAGUAUCUGUGUUUUGAAAACUAUUUACGGAGAAUUUAACGCCUGCUACUGCAAUAAAAAGAAUGGAUACUGGGUGAGAGGAUUCUGUAUUUCUAAACUAGAAUGUUUAUUUGGAGGGAUUGGAGUACCUAGUUUAAAAGGCGACGAGACAGCUGUUUUAUCUCAAUAUUGUGGGAAUCAGGUUGAAUAUAUAUUACAAGGAACUAAAGCUGAUCAGUUAACAUUUUUACAAUAUCAGGCUCUAGACAGAUUCAGACCUCGGGCACCCUACAGUCAACUUUCACCCUGCCAUAGCACCAACUUCACUGGUCUUUUUGACGUGGGGCAGCUUAUACUUGAGGACUUAGACAGUCAGUUAGUAGUUUAUGAGCCUAAACUAGCAAAGAAGAAGAGAACAGGAAAAAAGAAGAAGAUAGAAAUGAUGGACGAAGUUUAUGAAACUUAUUUUGCUCCUAAUCACUGUGCCCCGGUCGUAGAAGAGGUUAUUGUCGAGGAUGCAGCCACAGUGGAGGCCAGGAGCUUCUUCACUGAGAAACUGAUGGAAAAGUUGUUUGUUAAUGUCGUCAUCACAUUUGUGUUUGGACUCAUUAACGGAUAUAUAACCCUGUGUUCCCCUGCUUCUAUUACAGGAUCGUUUUGGCUGAAAUUUGCUCUAAAAUCCAGCCAAGGGCUUGUUAUAUGCCUUGGACUAUGUGAGGUUUUAUUCUACGGAUUAACCUGGACCCUUCCUGCAGACUUUAAACAAAGUAAUAUUAUUGUUGUCUACAGCUUUGUGGUUUUGGCGGGAAUCAGCUGUUUUAUGUUAAAACAGCUGUUUUUCAAUCUCUUCUGGACACUGUCAUUUGUGAGCAUUAUCAUUGAUGUGCUGGCUCUUCGGCUCAUGAGUGUUUGGGGAGUUCAACCACUCAUGACAGUUUAUGAAUGGAGCCUAGCGGUUAAAAUGGGGCUGACAGUAUCGGCGAUAUUUUUUAUUUCCACAAACUAUUGGAAUGUACAGCCGCUAGAUGACGCUAGUGAGGACUCUGGAGAUAACUUGAAGACUAAAAGGAAGAUGAGGGUGGGGAAGCAAGGUUCAAUAAGUGCAGUCAAACCUAGAGUUAAAGGAAAAAUUGCUGAUAUCAGUUGUUACGGCCAUUUGCCUGACGUCAAACCACAGGGCUAUUUGUGUAUUUACUGUUCGGCCAGCUGUAUGCUAGAAUAUCACAUAGACUGUUGGACUAACUUUAAAACUAUUCAAAGUCCCAAAGUUUCUGGGGCUUCAGGGAUAUUUAGGGAUAAAGAAAUGUUGAAUUCUGAGUGUCCAACACCCCGAUGUACUGGACUUAUCCACUGUAUUCUCUGGUUUGAUAUAAAUGGUGUGAAAAUAAACAAAAAACUGGUUUUCAAAGAAAAUACGCGAGAAAUGAAAGUGAAUUCCAAAAUGUUGCCAAAGAAAAGAUUACGGCGACACCUUUCAACUACCUCAAUUAACUCCGAAUCGUCUUCAAACAACUCAGACUAUUCAAUAAUAUCUGAUAAUUUCAAUGUUAUUGGCACAAUGAACCAUAUUCCAAUUAAAUACUCAGUUUUGCCAAGAUGUCCGUCUCCUCAACCCAAAAUAAAAAAAGAGAAUUCAAAGAUAAAAAAGAUAAAACCAGUAUUGGGCACUUUACCUGUAGGGAUGAUUCUAGAGAGCAAGAAAAAGAAGAAACCAAAACCUAAACAAAAAUCACAAACUGUGGCUCAAUCAUCAAAUAUGGCUCAUUUUGAAGGGAUGAAUUGCACCCGGGUAAACCUGCCACGGUAUCAAACCCUUGGCUCAAAUCCAUCAGAUUUCCUUGAAUCAAUUAUGAGUAUUGGAGCAGAAACCUUUGGUCCCGUCACGUCUUUUCCUCGGCCUAGAGAAUCUAAAAUCCUGGCAAUGAUUAAUCAAAUCAAAUCUGAAAAUGUGAAAAAGCAAGAAUCUGAAGAAUCUGUAAAGUUUGUCCCAAGUGGAACAUUUUAUGAGUCAAGUGGAGCAAGCUCGUUAUUCAGUUCAUCUUCAGGAUCACUGCCAAGCAGUUCAAUAGCAUCAACACCUGCCGUAUCUCCCUCAACUCUUAACUAUAUUACUGGAGCACGGAAGGGAGAAAUGAACCCAGAUUACUUCUAUAUUGAUGAUGGUGGAUUAGCUCAGCCUGAAGAAAAAGAAUGCUCAAUUUAUGAUCUCAAGAAUUAUCCAAAUAUAUCUCCAUUAGCUGCUAUUCUUAGUAAAAGUUUCCCCCUUUACCCUCCUGACCAAAUUGACGAGUGCCUGCGGUCAAUCCUAUUAAGGAUGGAGACCCAACAUUUAACCUUGGAUCAAUUCAGAGGCCUAGUUGCACAAGAGUUGGAAGGUGUACCAGAAGAUGAUGAUUUUUCAGAAGGAGUUUUUGAGAGUGACGAAGAUGAAGAUGACUAUAUCGACGAAUGUUCUAUUUGUACAGAAUCCUUGCUCUACGGACUUAUCAGAUUGGAGCCCUGUGGUCAUAGUUUUCACAAGAACUGUAUACAAGAAUGGUUUUGUAAGGAUAAAUCCUGCCCCAACUGUAGAUCUGAUAUCUCUGAAAACCUGCCCUAACUGUAGAUUUGAUAUCUCUGGAAACCUGUCCUAACUGUAGAUCUGAUAUCUCUGAAAACCUGCCCUAACUGUAAAUCUGAUGUUUCUGAAAACCUGCCCUAACUGUAAAUCUAAUGUUUCUGAAAAUCCGCCCUAACUGUAGAUCAAAUGUUUUUAAACCUGCCCUAACAGUAGAUCUAAUACUCCAUAAUCCGUGAAGAAAAAUUCUCAAUUUAACUCUUGACAGUUGAGUUUACUCAUUUAUAUUGUCCAGUUAUUAUCCUGUACAUUGAUUUACAUUGUUUACUUGAUACUUGCUACUCAAUAAAUUUUCAGUGCUUUUAAA